AUGGCUGGGGGUUCAGUUUCCGGGCAGCAGCCGCAUUACCGAGGAGUGAGGAAGAGGCCGUGGGGGCGCUACGCCGCGGAGAUAAGAGACCCGUGGAAGAAGACACGUGUCUGGCUCGGCACGUUCGACUCGCCGGAAGAGGCAGCUCUCGCCUACGACGACGCCGCCAGGGCACUCCGCGGCAACAAGGCCAAGACCAACUUCAAGCUGCCGCCGUUAACCAGAGGAGGAGGAGGAGGAGUGGCAGACCUCUCCCUCAACCUCAACGUCUCCUCCGCCCAGCGGGCCUCCCACUCCGGCCGUCUCGUCGAGUUCCUCCGCACCGGCGUCCUGAAGAAGAGUGAGAACGCGGCGGCGGGGCCGUCGUUCGUUGUGUCCAGGGUUGGUCCUCGGCCUCCGGUUGUGGGCAGCAGCUUGGUGGAGGAAGGAUCCAGCACUUUGUCGUAUAUGGGGUUCGUCCGACGUGGCCUGCCAAUUGAUCUCAACGAGCCUCCUCCGUUGUGGCUGUAG